UAGUUGUAGAUGAUUAGGUUUACCAAGUAAACGUUAGCUUGCUGUUGGUUUCAUUUCCCGCAAACGUGAUAAUUUUUCGUGUUAAAUUUUUCUAUGGAAUACUCGUACAAGAAUUUGUGCUCGAUAGUGAGAAAAUAAUAAUUCCACAUGCAGUUGAAAUAAGUAUAAUUUUGCGACGAACUAUUUCUUUACUGCAUUUAAGAGAGUGUAGCAUUUGUUGGGUUUGUUAUAUAAAUUGGUAGGUAGGUAGUAGGUACGUUAGAUACUCGGUGUAGAUAUAAACUGAAAAGUCAAAGUCCAUAAAAGUUGCCAUAACUAACCUAAGAUACACAGGUGCGAUAAAAUACAUAAGGUUUACCGUCAAGGACAAAAACGUUUUGGGAUUUGUGCUUCUACAACUCGGAAAAAUAUAACUGACCGAGCUCCGAUUAGAAAUGGACGAAGAUUUAAUUGUGACCACGAAACAAGGAAAACUUUAUGGAUCGAAAACAAUUACAGUGUUGCAUAAAACUCCUUGUUAUUCGUUUUGUGGCAUUCCAUACGCAAAACCACCUUUGGAUAAUUUGAGGUUUAUGCCACCAGAACCAUUCGAAAAAUGGCGUGGACUACUGAAUGCGACGAAGGAAAAAGACGAUUGCUUACAAUAUUCACAUUUUUUCAAUAUGUACAUCGGUUCAGAAGACUGCCUAUACUUGAAUGUUCAUACUCCUGAGCCUCCUCGCAAAAUCACGACACCAAAACCUGUCAUGGUAUUAAUUCAUCCAGGAGGAAACGCUUGGGGUUCUGGAUCACGAGAUAGUUUAGGAAAUCCUGACUUUCUCGUACCUCAUGACGUAAUCCUUGUCACUUUCAAUUUUCGUCUGCAUGUUUUCGGAUUUCUCAGUCUUGGUAUUCAACAAUGUCCUGGUAACAUGGGCCUUAAAGAUCAAGUAAUGGUUUUACGAUGGGUACAAGAAAAUAUUUCUAGUUUUGGAGGUGAUCCAAAUAACGUCACGUUAUCCGGUUGCAGCGCCGCAUCUUGCGAUGUUCAUUUCCAUUUAAUGUCUCCUCUUUCCAAAGGAUUAUUCCAUAGAGUCAUUAUGCAGAGUGGAUUCGCUGGUAAUUCCAACUGGAGUUAUAUUACUCCCGAAUUAUCGUACGAAAGAGCAGUCAUAUUAGCUCAAGAAUUAGGCUUCAAAGGAGGUACAAGUGCUCGUAAAAUAUGCUCGUUUUUAAAAACAAAAACUGCGAUGGAAUUAACCGAAGGAGUCGGUAAAUUGAAAAGUCAUAUUAAGAAUACAAAUCCUGAAAAAUACGAGGCUGUUCAAUUUCUACCUACUUCUGAAACUGUUUCCGAAGGUGCUUUUCUGACAGCUCUUCCGAGAGACUUGAUGUACACGAUUGAACCUAUCCCAAUAGUUUGCAGUAUGGUUCGCAAAGAAGGAUUGAUUGCAUUUUGCACUAAACCUAUAGAAACAGUUCGAGGAAAUUUAGAGAAGGUCGUCAGAGAUGGUUUAUCGCUGUAUAAUAUCGAUGAUAAAACUCUCAAACAUAUAACUAAAAAAAUUCGAGCUUUCUACUUCGGAAAUAGAGAAAUAAAUGACGCCGUAUUGGAGGAUAUUGUAAAUCUGUUUACCGAUUUAUGGUUUUGCGAAUGGUACGAUAUGAUCAACUACAUGGCUACGUUACCAGGAGCCCAACCUGUGUAUGUUUAUGAAUUUGCUUUCUAUGGAAAGUUUAACUACCAGAGACGUGCUUAUGCUGAAAAUGCACCCGAUUGGUUGGUCGGAGCAUGUCACGCCGAUGAUACUUCUUACGUAACCUAUUAUAAAGCUCUAAUUGAAUUAUUUCGCGAACAAGCAGUUUUUGACGAAAGAGAAGCAAAAGUUAUCAAAAACUUGAAUAUUUUGUUAACGAAUUUUGUUAAAACUGGAGAUCCAAAUGGAGGAACAUUGGACGAAAUUGUGUGGAGACCGCAUUAUCCCGAUGAUCCAAGUCAUGUAGUAGUAGAUGAUAAUUUGACUGUAGUGAAUAGCAGAAUAAAUGAAAAACGUUUCCAAUUCUGGGAUGAAAUCAUGAAAGUUAUAUAUGCUUGCGAAAGAAGAUUAAAAGAGAAUCCUCCUCCGUCACCUUAAAUUUAAACUAUCUAUCUAAAAUGUGCCUAAAUCUGUUAAAUGUUUUCUACUUAUUUCAAUUGUUUUAAAAAAAAUUGUCCUAAUUUACACGUACAUUUUUUUUUCAAAAUAAAUUUAUUAUCAAGGAUU